AUGUGGUCAAACUUUUUCGGAACUGUUUCAUUUGAGCAAGUGAUGCAUGAAGUCGCCGAUGCACCAAGGCAGCUCGAAGUCGCAAAUCUUCUUGAGCACUCCAACAUGCAUCAGCUGACGGAAUCGCACUCGAUGCAGCUCCGAGGACACAACUCUUUCAUAUACGAGGGCUACCCGGUUCGCGAUCAUGUCGUGCGGCAUGACCCAUCAAGUAUGCUACGACAAGGUAGUACCGUGGGCAUGGUAGACCUGGACUACUUGUUGCAGCCAUCCGGGCUCAAAUUGAAGCUGGACACAUCCUCCAUCGAAUCAUUGCUCAGCAAAUCAUCUACGUCAAGCUCGACACCUCACGGCAAAGAGGUCAGUCUGUCCGAAGAGGCUUCACGAUACCACUCAGCUACAUCGAGCAUGGCAGCGCCUCCUGUUGCACAGUUUGAGAUCCAAGUGCCGCAUAUCCAUGAUGCACCCGGCCAUUCGAGAGGUACAGACGAAAUGGCGCAUACUACGAACGCCAUUGCAAAAGUACACGAUCUUCCGUCACCUUUUCCCUUGAUGUUCGAUCUUCCGUCUCGAUACGUGUGGGCGCCCUCAACUCAACUAAAGACACAGCUUCUGAGCCAAUUCGAGUCCCGCUAUUUACUGUCCCCUGAUCAAUUUACGGAUCUCAGCUAUUCAAGACUUGCGGGAGAGUCGCUUCCAAGGCUCAUGAAGCAGGCCCUUAACUAUUUCCGACCUAGAAGCUAUGUAUUCGCUUACAAGCUGAGUGGUCACGGCGUCUUGGUCAAGUUUCACCACGUCGGAUCCAUAAAGGAAGGACGCCGAGACCAAGCCGCACUCUCGUUAUGGACGAUUGAGCCUGGUGUAGCCGGCUCUUCUGUGUUGUCCGGGCGAGGCGUGCUCGGUGUUGACGCCUCUGUCAUUGCAACCUUGCGUCACAGCUUUGGUAUAGGCACUUACGUUGUCUCCAAUGUUUCACCGGAGAGGGAGGGCAAACGACUGAUACUGAAGGACUACGAUUGA